AUGGCUACGGUUCGUAUCUGCGUCUGCGGUGAUGAAGGCGCUGGAAAAUCGAGCCUUAUCACCUCCUUGGUUAAAGACGUCUUCGUCACGAACAAAAUCCAAUCCGUUUUACCUCAAAUACAUAUCCCGCCAACCAUCGGUACGCCCGAAAAUGUCACUACUACCAUUGUCGAUACCUCUGCCCUACCGCAGGAAAGAAACACAUUAAGGAAAGAACUGCGGAAAUCGAAUGUAAUACUGCUGGUCUAUUCGGACCACUACAGCUAUGAGCGAGUUGCGCUUUUCUGGAUGCCUUAUUUCCGUUCGCUCGGAGUCAAUGUACCCGUUGUAUUAUGUGCCAACAAGUCGGAUUUGACAACAACAGGCAGUACGGCCCAGGUUGUGGAGGAUGAGAUGAUGCCGGUUAUGGCGGAAUUCAAGGAGAUUGACUCGUGUAUACGCACCAGCGCAAGGGAACAACAUAAUGUUAAUGAGGUCUUCUAUCUUUGUCAAAAGGCCGUUACACAUCCAAUUGCACCACUAUUCGAUUCGAAGGAAGGGAACCUAAAGCCAGCCGCUGUGGCUGCGUUGAAGAGGAUAUUCUAUCUAUCGGACAAGGAUCAGGAUGGGUAUCUCAACGAUCGAGAAAUGCACAAUUUUCAGAUAAAAUGCUUUGAAAAACAGCUUCCGGACGAGGAUCUUGAAAACAUCAAGAUCUCCAUUAGCAAGGCUUAUCCGAGAUCGCAAAUAGAAAAGGGAAUUGACCAAAGAGCUUUCAUUCAUCUUAACAAAAUGUUUGCCGAGAAGGGCAGACAUGAGACAAUUUGGAUCAUCUUACGGAAAUAUCACUAUACCGACAGCUUGAGCUUGAAGGACAGUUUUCUCCAUCCCAAAUUCGACAUUCCUGAGUAUUCGUCUGCAGAGCUGAGUCCUGCUGGAUAUCGCUUUUUCGUGGAUUUAUUCUUGCUAUUCGACAAAGAUAACGAUGGGGGUUUGAAUGAUGCAGAACUCGAUGCUUUAUUUGCACCCACGCCGGGACUGCCAUCUUCUUGGUUAGAAACUUCGUUUCCGGAAUCGACAGUACGCAAUGAAGGAGGACAUAUCACUCUUCAGGGUUGGCUCGCGCAGUGGUCAAUGACUACUUUUGUCUCUCCCAAAACGACACUUGCUUAUCUCGCAUAUUUGGGUUUUGAACCUCCGAAUGCUCGCGACUCAACAACUUCUGCUUUGAAAACUACGAAAGCACGCAAGCGAAGAAAGCGACUAGGAAGAGUGGAGAGAAAUGUUGUGCUAUGUUACGUCCUUGGAGCUCCAUCAUCAGGAAAGUCAUCACUAUUAGAUGCAUUCUUGAAUCGACCGUUCGAUUCUCUAUACCAUCCUACAAUCAAACCACGAACAGCAGUCAACAGCGUAGAGCUUCAAGGAGGAAAGCAAUGCUACUUGAUCAUGGAGGAGCUCGGCGAGCUAGAACCAGCCAUACUUGAGAACCGUGCAAAGCUCGACGCCUGUGACCUGAUAUGUUACACUUACGAUUCUUCAGACCCGGACUCAUUCUCCCACAUUGUCGCUUUACGAGAAAAAUACCCACAUCUAGAUGAACUACCAGCAAUCUACACAGCUCUAAAAGCGGACCUGGACAAGACGACCCAAAGAUCAGAAACCCAACCUGAUCAAUACACGAUGAGUCUCAACAUGAAUGCGCCAUUACACGUCAGUGUAACAUGGCAUAGCAUCAGCGAGUUAUUCGUCACGCUCGCUGAAGCAGCAACGACCCAACUCUAG